AUGAGAUCUGCUAAGAAAUUAGGAUUCUCUGAUUGUCAAAUUGCAACGUUAGUUUUGACUUCAGAACUUGAAGGUGAAGUUGGAACUAAGCGUAAAUCACUCGGAAUCACACCUUUUCAGCAUCAUCCUGCUCAUACAAAUUACCUUUACACGACUUAUCACGCUACCGAACAUGAUUUAGAAUUUGAUGAAAAUGGAACGAUGGUCUUGGGUACUGGAGUUUAUAGGAUUGGUAGUUCAGUAGAAUUUGAUUGGUGUACAGUGACAUGUGUUCGUAAAGUCAGAGAAAUGGGUAAAAAGACGGUGAUGAUUAAAUAUAAUCAAGAAACGGUUUCCACGGAUUUUGAUGAAGCUGAUCAAUUGUAUUUUUUUGAAAUAGUGAUGGAUAUCUAUGAACUUGAAUUGGCUCAAGGUGUGAUUACACUUAAUCAAGCUGGCAUCGAUCAACAGGAAUGGGUAGAAGUCAGUUGGUUAUCCAGUCCUGAUCCGACCUACGUUUUAUCGGGUGCAGCCAUGAACGUGGUUUGGGAUCGAUCGACCUUGGAACACUCACUUACUGCUGCAGCUGAAGUCUCAUCUGAACAUCCAUUCGUCUUGACCAAAUUCAUUGCUGGCGCUCAGGAAAUCGAUGUCGAUGGUGUGGCGCAUGAAGGCAAACUACUUGUUCAUGCGGUCUUUGAACACGUCGAAAAUGCGGGAGUUCACUCGGGAGAUGCGACCUCGGUCUUACUACCAUUCUCAUUAGAAGUUCAAGAUAUGAGUAGAUUAAAAGAAAUCGCAUAA